AUGAGGCCUUCUUCUUCGUCUUCUUCUUCUUCCUCUGCUUCUCCUUCGUUAACGCUGUCGUCGGUGGCAGUGGCGGUCGACAAGGCCACGAGCGAGCUUCUGCUCACUCCUGAUUGGACGAUGAUCAUCGCAAUCUGCGAUUCCGUCAAUAUUAAUCGCUGGCAAUGCAAAGAUGCGAUCAAAGCUGUCAAGAGAAGGUUGCAACACAAGAGCUCUAAAGUGCAAUUACUCACUCUAACGUUGUUGGAGGCAAUGCUGAAAAACUGUGGGGACUUUGUGCACACUCAUAUCGCUCAGAAACAUCUUCUUGAAGAUAUGGUUAAAAUUGUCAGGAAGAAGGGUGAUUAUGGAGUAAGGAACAGAAUCUUGGUAUUGUUGGAUACUUGGAAUGAAGCAUUCAGUGGAGCUGCUCGCAAAUAUCCUCAUUACAACUGGGCCUACCAAGAGCUAACACGGUCUGGUGUGAAAUUUCCACAACGUUCAAAAGAGGCACCCCUCAUGCUUGCACCGCCUCCAGCUUCUUCUUCUAUGAAUUUAAUGUCCAUCGGUUCUUUUAGAAGUCUCGACGAAACAAUGGCAACUGAUAUUGAGUGUCUAAGUUUCUCAAGUCUUGAUUCCAUGAGAAAUGUGAUGGACCUCCUCAACGACAUGGUUCAAGCCCUAAAUCCUUCUGAUAAAUCAGCGCUAAAGGAUGAGCUUAUAGUUGAUCUAGUAGAGCAGUGCAGAUCUAAUCAGAAGAAACUAAUCCAGAUGCUCACAACAACUGCGGACGAGGAUGUUAUGGCACGUGGGCUCGAGCUGAAUGAUUCUUUGCAGGUAGUGCUCGCUAGACACGACGCUAUUGCCUCUGGUGUCUUUCUUCCCACGUUGCAGGCACCAGAAACAAGAGAAACGAGCUCUGUCCUCGAGUCUGGUGAUGCUUCAGCUGCUCUUGAGUCUGAGCCUUCUUCAUCAUCCAGCAGUGAAAGUGAAACUGAUGACGGGGAGGACGUUGAAAAUGACUUUACGCAGCUAUCCAAAAGGCACGCUCUACUAAAUGCCCAAUACAGCGAUGAAGAAGAAGAAGAAGAAACAUUGCUUCUAGGCAACAGUAAUGAAAAGACAGCAGAAUCAGAAACCAACACACAGUGCAAGGAUCUAGCUCUAUUCGACAAAACAGCAACAACAACAACCAAGUCGGAGCAGGACAUUAUUGAACUUCUCAGCCUAACUCUGUCAACAACAGCUCUGCCGGCCUCUUCCCAAACGCAAACGCAAACGCAAACGCAGCCUCCAUCAAACACCCAUCACAAGACAUCGUAUGAUCAUAUUCUUAUGAACAGCUACGUAGUCCCCUGGGCACAAACUCAGGCAGAAGAACCGCAAGUCCCAAAAACGGCGCAGUUUGCUCCGUCGGGACCUCAGUAUCAGGCGUGGCCUCCGCAGCAGCAGUUUUCAUACGGUUAUCCUCACCCGCAAUGGAACGGUGGUCAAGCAAACAGUUAUGACACAACAUUUUGGAGCCAAGGAGGCAGUGAGAAUAAGGUCUUUGAGAGAAACUUGCACUACUCAAACUCCUUCCCUGCUAGAGCGGCGGGACCAUCCGCUGCUGUGGACGGGCCGCCGCAUAGGCCACCUUAUGUUCCUCCGUACAAAUUGUUUGAAGAUCUCAAUGUCUUCUGCAACAGAGAUGGAGGCGUUAGGAGUAGCAAAUGAUGCCAUUUCACGACACAUAAAACCAUACACGUUUUGCUUGUCUUUUUAAGUUAUUUCAGCUGUUAUACAACGUUUAGGACUAGAACUAUCGUCUUUAA